UCUCACCCUCACGUAUUAAGUUUCAAGCGCCGCCACCGUUGUUCUUCUUAGUCUUCUUCAAUCUUCAUCAGAGAGAGCCACCAAACCAAUCUCAGUUGAAAAAUGGCAUCAGAGCUUCAAUUGCCACCGGGUUUCCGAUUCCAUCCAACGGAUGAGGAGCUCGUGCUGCACUAUCUCUGCCGCAAAUGCGCGUCGCAGCCGAUCGCUGUUCCGAUCAUCGCUGAAAUCGAUCUCUACAAAUACGAUCCUUGGGACCUUCCUGGUUUGGCUUCGUACGGAGAGAAAGAGUGGUACUUCUUUUCACCUCGGGACCGGAAAUAUCCAAACGGUUCAAGGCCGAACCGGGCUGCGGGAACCGGGUACUGGAAGGCAACCGGGGCGGAUAAGCCCAUUGGUCACCCUAAACCGGUUGGGAUCAAGAAAGCCUUAGUGUUUUAUGCUGGGAAAGCACCCAAAGGUGACAAAACCAAUUGGAUCAUGCAUGAGUAUCGUCUUGCCGACGUAGAUCGCUCCAUUCGCAAAAAGAACAGUCUAAGGCUGGAUGACUGGGUGCUGUGCCGCAUUUACAACAAGAAGGGCUCGAUCGAGAGACAACCAAGCGGCGCCGUUUACAGCGUCAAGACGGAGUCAUCGGAACUGGAAAAGCGGAAGCCGGAGAUUCUGACCCGCGCUGCCGGGUGCCUUCCACCGCCGCAUCCGCCGCAAGCGCCGGCGGCGGGCGUGACGGAUUACAUGUAUUUUGACGCGUCGGAUUCGGUCCCGAAGCUGCAUACUGACUCGAGCUGCUCGGAGCAGGUGGUGUCGCCGGAGUUCGCGACGGAGGUGCAGAGCGAGCCGAAGUGGAACGAGUGGGAAAAGAGCCUCGAGUUUCCUUAUAAUUACGUGGAUGCCACUCUCAGCAAUAACAACAGCAACAACAACGGAUUUGGGUCCCAGUUUCAGAGUGGUAAUCAGCUGUCGCCGCUGCAGGAUAUGUUCCUGUACAUGCCCAAGCCGUUCUAAGCAUUGAAAAUUUGAAACUCAGAACACAAUCUAUGCCGCAAGAUGCAUCGCACGGUAGCACGAGACUGGAGGUCCAUGAGUGUGCCUGUGCGAGUGUGUAGGUGAUAAAUUUAGAUAAGGCAAAGGAGGAGAAAGAAAGAAAAUGAAGAUGAAAAUGCACAUGUUGGUCCACCGUUUAGCACCGAUGGGUUUGGUUGGUGGCGGUAGGAUGAGGGAUCCAGCGGUGCAUGUUGGAUCUGUCUGUGUCUAGGAUUUACAUGUGUAUAGCUAGCUUAGCUUAGCUACUGUAGAAUGUAGAUAAGGUACAAAACACUAUGUCAUGUCAUCAGAUCUAAGUCCGACUUUCUAAUUAAUAUUUGUUGAAUUGAAUUAAUACUAGUGUUUGUUCCA